GCCCGGGUCGAGUGACCCCGGAGCGGCCGAAGAGCACGUGGGGAAAGUGGAGGCGUGAGGGGAACUCAGGAGUUCGGGACUCGGUGCCCACCCGGACCUCUGCUGAGGUUGCGCGGGCGGAACUUAGGCGGUCGGGGCUCGGCGCCUGCCCGGACCUGUGCGGCGGCGGCGGCGCGGGCGUAAGAGCUGUGCCUGCAGGGACAGGCCUCGGUGGAGGGAAUAAGGGAGAAGGGCAUGGCCUGCAAGAGCCAUCUCACCACACACAACUGGCUAUCAUCCCUUCAAAGACUGGCCUUGGUCUGAUUUUUUUCCUGCUGUCUCCAUCUCCCCAAGCCUCACUACACUCUCCCUGAGGCACCAAGGAUGGUCCUGUGAACAGCUACCUAUUCCUUGACCAAAGGAUUUGCUGUGUAGCCCUGGCUGCUCUGUAGACCAGCCUGGGCCAUGCAGAGCCCACUGACCAUUCCUGUGCCGGUGCCAGUCCUGCGCCUCCCUCGGGCCCCCGAUGGCUUCAGCCGAGGCUUUGCCCCUGAUGGACGUAGGACCAUCCUGAGACCAGAAGUUGGAGAAGGUUGUAUUCAAGAUCCCCCAGAGUCACAAGAACAGCGGGCCCGAGCCACUCUGCGGGAACGCUACCUCCGCAGUCUCCUAGCCAUGGUGGGGCACUCUGUGAGUUUCACACUACACGAAGGUGUGCAUGUGACUGCCCAGUUUGGAGCCACAGAUCUGGAUGUAGCCAACUUCUACGUUUCCCAACUGCAGACUCCCAUAGGUGUGCAGGCUGAGGCCCUGCUUCGAUGUAGUGACAUAAUUUCCUAUUCCUUCAAGCUGUAAAAUUGUCUGCUGUUUUCCUUGUGAGUAUUGCCACAGAAGCCCAGACCUCUGGCUAUUCCUGGGCCAUAGAGUUCUCAGCACCUUCCUGGACUUCCAAAGCAAUCUCCAACAAACUCUGGCUUUGAACUCAGAAGAACUCCAAACCAUUAACACCUGGUGCAGAAUGCUGAUAACCCUGCCUUUCAAGAGGCUGAGGUGGGAAGAUCAUAAAUUCAAGGCCAGGCUAUGCCACAGUGGGAGACUGCAACCACAGACAUUCUAGAUCUCUCUUGUUGAAAGGAAUGUUCUGCCUCACACAACUGAACUUUACAGAAAUAAAUUCCUGAGGUUUGUCCUUGCA